UAACCGCAGAUAGUGAACAGAAAUUCUGACUUGGUUGAGUUGUGACCUAGUAGCCUCCAUUGUGCCUUCUUCGCGUAGGAGGCUGUGGGAGUGUGAAGUAACAGGGCCAUAAUUCUCGAUUCGCUCUUUCUCUGGGAUGCCAGUAAUCGCGCAAUCGCAAGACCAGACGUGCCCUUCCUCCGUUAUUUCCUUUUCUCCGAUACCGGUCGGAAGCAACAGCGGGGGUAGAGCUCCGCUCGCCGCUUACUCGCCAGGGCGCAGCGUUUGACUUAUGAGUCGAAUCAGAAGUCACAUCGACCAGGGUGUAGAUCUCCGCUCGCUUACUCGCCAGGCGCAGCGCCGUUCCUGAGCACGCGCGGACGAGACAGCGCGCAGAGGGGAUAGCGCGCAGACGAGGCCGCGGGGGGGGAGGGGGGGGGGAGGGGAGGGACAUCUACUGGUGCGUGCACGAUGGGCGGAGUGAAGAGGCGGCGGCUGGCGGAAACAGUCGCGCCGGACGGCGAUGGGGGCGGGGAUGGGGAUGCGGUGAUGCUGGCGGGAGUAGGGAAAGAGCGGUGGGCCGGGAAGAGGAGUGGGCGACGGCAGACCGGAAAGGUGGAUAAGAUGGCGCGGAUUGAGAGGGGCGGAAAGACGGGGAAGGUCGAGACGAUCGCGAGGGGCGAAAAAAUCGAGAUGGAGCGAAGCGACGAGGGGAGUGAGGAGAGAGACGGCGACAACGAGGAGAGCGCGGGUAGCGGAGACGAAGGGAAGGAGAAGAGCGAAGCUGAAAGGGAGGGGCUUCGGGUGGAGGGCGACGCGGAGGGGGAGGAGGAAGAGGAGGAGAAGGUGGACUAUGGGGAGGACGAGAUUGAGGGGGAGGAGUAUGAGGGGGGCGAGAGGGGGGAGGAGGGCGGGAAGGCGGAGGAGGGGCGAAAUGUAGAGAAGACGUGUGAGGAGGGGGAGGCGGAGGAAGAGGCGGAGGAGGAAGAAGAGGAGGAGGAGGAAGUAGGGACAGAGGCACUGGAGAGUGAGGGCGAAGAGGAGGAGUGGGAGGGGAGAGAGCAGGAGGAAGCAGAGGAGGAGGGGGAGGAUGGGUGGGUGGGAGAGGACGAAGAGGAAGAGGAGGAGGAGGAAGACGAGGAAGGGGAAGAGGAAGAGGAAGAAGAGGAGGAGGAGGAGGAGGAGUUGAUGGAGGCGGAGAGAGCGAUAAGGGAGUACGAGGUGAGGGGCGUGCGCAUAGAGGGCUUCCGAGUGGUCAGGCGCACGGGCAGCCGACUGCACUUCUGCGCCAAGUGCCAUUUCCCCAUCGCCACAUUUGGCCGACUGGAGCCCUGCACGCACGCCUUUUGCCUCAAAUGCGCCUCUUCACUCAAAGCGUGCUUCAGGUGCCUCGCCCCCAUCGCAGCAGUGCAACCCGUCUCAGCCUACCAGGGCGGCCUCUACAUCUGCGGCGCUCCCAACUGCUUCCUCUCCUUCCUCCGCCUCGCUCACCUCUCCUCCCACUCCCGCUCCGCGCACCCCUCCAUCGCCCCUCACCCCUCCCGCCCGCACCUCCUCCUCCCCCCUCCCCCGUCCCUCUCCCCUGCCACCUCUCCUGCAUCUAUGGGCGAGGGGGAGGUAGGGGGAGCGGGAGGAGAGGAAGGGGCAGAAGGGGGGUGGCAAGGGGAGGCUAUGAAACGGCCGGCAGGGGCAGAGGUGGGAGAGGCAGCAGCGGCCGUGGCAGGGGCGACAGCAGGGCUGGCAGGGGCAGCGGCAGUGGCAGCAGCAGGAGGUUCAGGUGCAGUUGCAGGGGGGGCGGGUGGGAGGCCCGGUGCGGGUAGGGGAGCUGCCAUUGCCCCUGCUGCUGCUGCUGCUGCUGCUGCUGGUGCAGCUGGUGGUGGCGGCACUGCAACUGCCCCUGCUGGUGCUGGUGGCAGUGUUGGUGGGGCGAAAAUGGGUGGCGGAAAAGGAGGAGGGGGAGGAGCAGGGGGGGGUGGGGAGAGGGGAGCAGUGGGGUCCGGCACACCGGGUGGCAGUACAUUUGGUGCAGGGAGAACUUCCCCCGCUGCUGCUCCCCCCCUUCCCCCCCCACCCGCUGCCCUCAGACCCUCUGCUCCCCCCCACGCCCCCUCUGCUUCCCCGCAUACCCCAUCCGCCCUCCCCCCUCCCCUUCCCCCACCCUCCCGCCAGCCUCUGCCCCACAUGCAUUCCUCCGGACCCCCUCUUCCCCCCCCUCCAGAAGCCUCGAGUGCAGGGGGCUUCCCCCCUCUUCCACCCAUAGUCUCUCCUGCUUCCGUGCACCAGCCUCAGCAGCAGCAGCAGCAGCAGCAGCGACAGCACCCUCCUCUUCCCCCUCCCCCCUCAUCCCUUCCCUCUCAUCCCAUCCCUCCUUCCCCACUCCCUCCCUCAAACCCCCCCUCUCAACCCAACGCGCCUCCUCUCCCUCGCCCCACUCCCCUCCCUCAACCCCCCCUCCCUCUCUCCGCUCCUCCCUCCUCCCCUUCCUCUGCCUUCUUCCCCGCACACACUCACUCCCCUUCACACCCUCCACUCCCCCCCACCGGUACCUUCCAACCAACUCCUCCUAAUCCUACUUACCCCUCCUCCUCUCUCACUCGCCCCCCCCUCCCUCCACCUUCCACUCCUUCCACCCCUCCCAACCCCUCCCAAUCCACCCCUCAGCCGCCGCUCCCUCCUCAAUUCCCUUCCGCUCCCUCUUCACUCCCCUCGCACUUCUCCUCCCCCCCCACCCCGGUCCGCCCUCCCUCCAUGCCUCCUCUUCCCGGAAGCUACUUGCCCGCCACGCCUCCCACUCCCUCCUACCCUCCCUCCUCCCCAUCGCCCUCCCACCAGCAACUGCAGCAGCAGCAGCAGCAGCAUCCCUCACGCAUGAUGGGAGGAGGCAUGGGAGGAGGCAUGGGAGGAGGUAUGGGGGGAGGUAUGGGAGGAGGCAUGGGAGGAGGCAUGGGAGGAGGCAUGGGAGGAGGUAUGGGUGGAGGUAUGGGAGGAGGUAUGGGGGGAAUGGCACGAGACGGUGGGGGCCCAGGUCCUACUUCUGGCUCCUUCUUCCCCCCAGGGCCCUCUCCUGGGGGUGUGGGUGCCUUUGCUGCUGGCGCUGGUGGCCCCAUGGGAGGGGGCAUGGGGGGAGGAAUGGCAGGAGGCAUGGGAGGGGGCAUGGGAGGGGGCAUGGGCAUGGGAGGGGGUAUGAUGGGUGCGAAUAUGGGAGGGGGCAGUAUGGGCGGAGGGGUUGGGAUGGGUGGGAGAAUGGACGGAGGUGGCAUGAUGGGCUAUAACAUGCCUCCUCUACCCCCGCCUAGGCCUGGGGGGCCACAUGGGAAUUACCGCAUGGACAGGCCAGGAGAUGGAGGCAUGGGGGGAGGCUGGGGGUAGGGGGAAGCAAGGAGAGGAGGCCUAGCACCCAAUGAUGGUUGUGAUCAUAAAGUGUUUUUGUUGGAGCAAUUUCGAGGAUGAAUGCAUAGAAUGAAGCGAAGCUGGCUGGCACAUUCGUGAGUCGGUGUCCCUCUAGUUGAUGAGCAACGUAAGGAAUGAGUAAUUCCUUACUGAGGCUUGCUACAGGGCGUAGGCCUCGAACAGUCUCGAACCAGCGAUAGGGUUCCAGAACUUUCAGUUCGACCCUCCUCGGCCUUCGUCACCAGGGUCCGUGCUAGGAAAAAACCUGUCUGAUUGCUCAAACGGACCCUCCGUGUCAACUUAUACAUAUGAUCUAUGUAGAAGUUGUUGGAAAUACCUCAAAGGACUUGAGCGUUUCUAAAGUGUAACACUACACUCGAGGAAGAUCGCAACGGGUACGCGAGUCAACGGAGGUUACACGAGGGGGUGAACAAAGAACGCAAAGGGAC